ACAUGUGGCCAAAAAAAUGCAAUUUGGUGGAAAUUCUGAUGCUGGUAACAUAAAUCGAUGAGAUAGCAGAUACUUACAUUAAAAUCAUAUAAAUACUCACUAAUAUGUCUUAAUAAGAUGAUAUUUGCUGUAAGUGCACGCGUGUAGAUUAUGCGAAACAGGUUUUUCAGCAAUCAUGUGUAUAAUUCAUAGGCUUUGGAAAAUCAGAUAUCAAAUAUGACACAGUUCAGGGUUUAAAGGGUUAAAGAUGCUUGGUCUUUGAAGGAAAAUCUUCCAGGAGAGAAUGGAGAGCUAUAGGAACGUGUUUCAGCAGUAUAAGGAUCGAUACUGUCAGAACUCGCUCGCUCAAAAACUGCUGAAGAUUCAAGGUGAGAAUGAGGAAAUUGAGAGGAGGAUCAGAGCAACCGAAGAACAAAUAUUGGAGAAAGAGAGAGAACUGAUGGCAGCGCUGGGUGAAGAUGAGCCAGUCACUGAUGCUGCUGACAGUAAGUGUCAAGACAAUGACAUCUCUCAAAUUGAAAACAGGGAGUCAUUUGAUGAAAUGAAACCUCAUCAAGACCUCAUAAUGCAGAAGCCUGAAGAAUAUGCAGAUGAGCACAUGGUUGCUGAAGGUCCUUCUGAGGAAGACAAGGAUAAAACAGAUGAAAGUGAAUCUCAAACUGACACAUUUCACCACGGACUAUGGACAAAGACCGGAGAAACUGGAGAAGAUCAAAUGCAAGAAGGUGAUCAGAAGCAGUCAGAGGAGGUGAACGAACUGGAGGGGAAUAUGAAUGUUUCUUGUGCUUCUGAGCUCAUGGUGGAAGUGUCAGAGGAGGAAGAGGAAGAUUGUCUGGAGGUGACCACAGCAGAUGCUCAGGAGGACACAGUGAACGACCGUGGCAUCUGUCCUCCACCAUCACCAGCUAGAAUAAAAGCCAUGCCAACCACCCCCACCUUCUCUCUAAACAACAGUCCCAGUUCCUCACCUGGACGGCAGGAGGUCUCAGACACCAAGUCGCCCGCUUUUGUCUUCUCCAUGAAUUCUGGUCCCAGUACACCUGCGUUCUCUAAGCUGGGCUGUGAUUUUGCUGCAGAAGAGGCAUCUCCAUUUACCUUCACGAGCUCCUAUUUCAGCGACAGGAAGUCCCCAGGAUUGGCACCCAAGUUCUCAGGUUUCCUGUUCGAUGAAGCCGAGAGUCGUCAAGAGGAGUUUUCCUUCUCGUUCGGGACGGUGAGCCCUCAGCAGAACUCCUCCACACCGGACACGGCAGGUUCUGCGGAUUCAUUUCCAUUUUCAUUCAGCUUUGGAAAAAUGUAACUUCAUUAACAUGAAUCUCAUUUCUAUAGCUUUACUUCAGAAAUGUGUUCAGAUAAGAGUGUGUUAGAGUCUGUUGAAGUUCAGUUCUAGAUCCUAGAUUCGUUGUGUUGUGUUUGUGAUCCUGGUCAGUUUGUUCAAGUUUGUUUUAACGUGAUUCACAAUAUUCUAUUUACAAAGGUCAUUAGAAUGCAUUAUUAUACUAGUUAAACUUGAACAUUAUAAUUAUUAGAAAAUUAGAGGAAUGUUAAUUUCAUGAAUGAUGUUCUUAUUAAAUGUAUUUGAUGCUACAUCGUAAAUGAAAACAUAACAAUGCUAUCUUCAAAGUUCAAAAAAGUCUA